AGUCACAGGAUUGGUAGAGUUCAGCGCCAAACUUGUUGACUCAUAACUGAGCAGAUCCUCUCCAUCCUUCACGGCGCGGAGCUGUCCAGGGCCAGUGGUGCUGAAACUGCCAGCUUCCGACGCGCCGGUGGAGUCAUCUCCCCCCCUCCCCCCCCCCCCCCCGGUUUGAUUGCUCCCACCGAGCCUUUUGAAAGUUACAUGCGCGUUGAUUUGAGCGUCACUUGACGGAUAUUCAUCCACCGCUCUAUCCAAGAGCGCAUCAAAGCCUUCAACUUCUCAGCCGAUCAAAUAGAGGACUCUCCGAGGCGCAGCCAUGGCUUUCAUGGUAAAAAACAUGGUGGGAGGACAGCUGAAGAACCUGACAGGCGGACUGACGGAGGAGAAACCCGAAGCAGAGAAAACAGACGCCGCCGCGCAGGGGAUGACUCAAGAGGAAUUUGAACAAUAUCAGCAACAGUUAGAGGAGGAAAAACAAGAACGAGAAGCCAAUUUUGCACAGAAGAAAGCGGAGAGAGCCACACUCAGAAGUCAUUUCCGGGACAAGUACAGACUACCGAAGAACGAGGUCGAUGAGACUCAGAUCCAGCAGGCGGGGGACGAUGUGGUGUUGCCCACAGAGCUGGCCAAGAUGAUCGCUGAGGACAACCAGGAGGAGACGCACAAGCAGUCGGUGCUGGGCCAGCUGUCCAACAUCCAGAACGUGGACAUCGACCAGCUGAAGGACAAAGCCCAGGCCACACUGGAAGACCUCAAAAAGCAGACGGAGAAUUGCAGUCUCAUGUGAUGUGGCCGACUUCUAAGUCCCCCGAAGAUCAGAGUGUUACUUGUACAAAUGUUUUUCAAAAGGCAGAGCUGCUCUGGAGGUAGACAUAGCUUCAGUAGAAUGUCUUUGGCAGAGCCACAUAUAUAAUAACAGUCAGUCAGAAGCCCUGCAGAGAACAAAGUAAAGGAUGAGGAAGCUGGAAUCUGGGGCUCGAGUUUCUAACGGGAAAAUAAUUCAUUGUUGCCAUAACGUCAUCGAGGUGAGCUAGUUCACUUAGCUCUCAGGUCGACCUUCAGAGAAGUCAUGAAUGUCAUCUGCACUCAACCAGUGAGAUUAUUUCUGCCUUUAGAGCGGCUCGUCUUCUGAGAAAUAUCUAUUAAAUCCUUUACUCUCUUCAUACCCUAAGCCCCCCCCUCCCUGUGCCUCACGUGACCAGUGAUAACACAAUACGAUUCUGCAGCAGAGGUUUCAGACGUGUGCGUGUGAGUGUGUGUGAGUGUGUGAGUGUGUGUGAAAUGAAAACACACGUGCACAGGGCUCAUGUGAGGAGGCCGUGUGUGUGUGUGUGUGUGUGUGUGUGUGUGUGUGUGUGUGUGUGUGUGUGUGUGGUGUUGAAUUUGGGAAGAUUUGUCAUUUAUUUGAGGAAAAAUAAGACGAAGGAGCCGUUUGUGGGGUGAUUUAUAUUCCACGUACAAAAGCACAAGAUGGGCAAUAUUCAUGGAGAGCAACAAAUGAGGCAGGUUUUUGUCAUAAGUAGCUUACUGAUGUUGGCCCCCCGGUGCCCUGAUUAAAGCUCCCUGUGAGCUGCAUUAAUCUGAGUUAUAAGUCUUUUCCUAGACCUAUCAGACAUAUCAUUAUAGAGGCUUUUUCUUUUUUAAAUAGCUUUCUUCGUACUUCAGCGUGCCUUGGACGUCCGUACAAGGUUGUCUUCUUUAAAGCUCCAACAUCUGUAAGCUACUUUUCACGAAGACGAAGCCUUCUUAUUUCUUACUUCUAGUUUUAUUAAAAGCAACAAAUAAUGUGUGAGCAAUGAUGUCUAAGAUGUGCUAUGUAAGAAAUGUAACCAUCAUAGGGAGCGACUCUGUGCUUCAUCCAGAGGUUAUCGAGCGAACGCUGCUCAGACGAGAGAUGUAGAUGCUUCAGAAGUCGUUUCCUUUGUUGGAAACACAACAUAAUGGAAAUGGCACAAAUAUGUCAAAGUGUGUUAACUGUGGUGUGAGUAUAAAUCCACAUACCGAUAUUCAUGUUGUGUAAGAUGUAAAUGUAUCUGCUGUUUGCCUACACCGUCCACUGCGGGCCGUUCUUCUCUGUUUCCAUCAACUCGCUGGGUAGUGUUGUCACAUGACCUUUGACCUGUCCUCCGUCUCAAUGACCCCUGGUGGUGCCGUUUUGUGCUGGUGGAUUCGUGUUGUUUACGAUGUGAUACGUCAAGUGGUGUCUUUGUAAAAAAAAAAAAGAAACCGUGUCCUGUGGCUGAGAGUGCUGGUCUUAGUGUUACACAGUCACUGCGGGCUUUACUGCGUAACUCCAUGUUGUUUUCUAGCCAAACGUGAAGGCGCGUGCGAGUCGAGAGGGAUGUUGUUGAUGUUGUGCUAUAUCCAUAAACGCCGUUUGAUUUCAUGUAGCAGAAGGUGAUGUCAGCUUUCAUUUCAGAUCUGUCCCCGCCUUUCUUUGGGUAUUUAUAAGAGUACAUCUUUUAUCUUAAAAAGGAAAUAGUUUCCUCGCUGAAUGAAAGCUAACAGAUAUAUUCGUAACAUUUAGAUCAUAUAAAGCAUACAAGUCCUUUUAUAACAGAGCUACUAGAAUCUGUCAUGUGGGAACAUGAGACCAUAUUAACAGAUGGAACAGAAGCCAUAAAGAAAACUGCUUGCGUUGUGUGUGUGUGUGUGUGUGUGUGUGUGUGUGUGUGUGUGUGUGUGUGUGUGUGUGUGUGUGUGUGUGUGUGUGUGUGUGUGUGUGUGUGUGUGACUUGAAAUAAUAAUUCAACAACUCAAUAACAAUAAUAUACACGUCAUUUUCUUGUGUUCCAGGAGAUGUCUGCCAUGACACGCAGCUUCUUCUGGUUCUUUGGCCGUUUCUUUGUUUGACAUUAUCUCUUUCAUUCUGCCUCUGAAAGUCUUUCAGUGAUUUCUGAGUUUUAACUGCAAUAAAUUGAUUUUUAGGAUAAAAUGAA